UGCUCCGGGCCGGGUCGCUGUCAGCAUGCGGAGCUGAGCAGGGAUGGAGGCGCGGAGCUGCGGAGUCCGACACAUGAGCGCUCUGAGUCUGCUGCUGGUGUGCGUGUGCCCGCUGUGCUGCAGGGGCAGCUGGAUGUGGCUCGGUGUGACGUCACCGGGGGUGGUGGAGAAGCUGGGGUGUUCCAACUUGCCUCUGAGCCCCCGGCAGCGCGAGCUGUGCAGCAGGAAGUCCGUCCUACUGCCGGGCAUCCAGGAGGGCGCGCGCCUCGGGGUGGCCGAAUGUCAGAGACAGUUCAGGCACGAGCGCUGGAACUGUUCCACCAAUCAGCAGGUGCCCGUGUUCGGGCAUGAGCUCACGAGCGGAACCAAAGAGACAGCGUUCAUCUAUGCGGUGAUGGCAGCAGGGCUUGUCCACGCCGUCACGCGCUCCUGCAGCCAGGGAAACAUGACGGAGUGCGGCUGCGAUGCUCGGCUGCGGGGCGGCGGCUCAGCAGCAGAGGGCUGGCACUGGGGCGGCUGCUCAGAUCACAUCCAGUACGGGACGUGGUUCAGCCGCAAGUUCAUGGACCACACCGUGAAGAACAUGUCGACGAGCCGCAGCAGCUACACGCCGAGCACCAUGAACCAGCACAACAGCGAGGCUGGGCGACAGGCGAUCAACAGGACGAUGUCCACAGACUGUCGCUGUCACGGUGUUUCUGGCUCCUGCGCGGUGAAGACGUGCUGGAGGACGAUGGCGCCGUUUGAGCGGGUCGGGACAUAUCUGAAGGACAGAUACGAGCACAGCGUGCAGGUGACGGAGCGAUCCAAGAGGAAGACGAAGCGGAAGGACCAGCGGCGUCUCCAUGUGGACAAACACCAGCUCAUCUUCCUCAACAAGUCUCCAAACUACUGUCUGGAGGACAGGCGGCGGGGCAUCGCGGGCACCAGAGGGCGCCGGUGCAACCGGACGUCCACGGGGCCAGAUGGCUGCAACCUGCUGUGCUGUGGCAGAGGAUACAACACGCACGUGGUCAGACACGUCCAGCGCUGCGAGUGCAAGUUUGUGUGGUGCUGCUACGUCCACUGCAGGCGCUGCGAGAGCAUGAACGACAUGCACACCUGUAAGUAACACACCUGGAAACAGAAACAUGUGGAACACGUAGCUCACCUUCAUUCACCUCAGCAUGAUACCUGGUAACAGAAGAACACCUGGAAUAAAAGAAGGAUUUCUGGAAAGAGACAAAUUGGACAUCUGGAUCUGAAAGAGUGUAAAGGAAGGAAGGACUGAACCUCUCAGGUGAAGACAGAUCCUCCUUGGACCAAUCUGAUCAGGCCUACAGAGCGGAGCUGCUGCUCCAGGUGGAAAGAUCCAGGUGAGCCAUGUGACAGCCUCCUGCAUGCCUCCUGUGUGAGCUGUUUCAUGUUCACCUGUGAGCAGCAGACCCAGGACAGGAUUUUACUGCCUGAACGUUUUCAUGUUUCAGACUGGACAGACUUCUCUAACGUGAUGUUUCUGAAGCAUCCAGAGUGCCACCAGGAGGAGGAUCAGUGCUGCUGCACACUCAAUCUGAAGAUCUGAAUGACUGAAGCACACCAGAUGGUCAGAGAUCCAUGACUCCUGAUCAGUCUCAUCAGUUCUGCAGCCCACAGACUGAUUUCAUAUUUUAAAAUAAAAAUAUUUAUGUGUAAAUAAUUUUUAAAAGUUAAAUAUUUGGUAUGGAAUCAUAUUUUUGUAAUUUCUGUCCAAAAAAAAAUCAAACUGACAUCAGAAGGUGAAAUGAUCCCGUAAAUGUGGAUGUGAAGAGUUCUUUGUUCAGUUUCUGCUGGCAAGCUUUAUUAACAAAAACAUGAAAACAACAGAACAAAUAGCUGUGAGUCUGUUUAAAGGUUCCACAUAAAUACAGUUUAUUAUACUUUGACUAACAAAAAAUAAAAUGCCUGGUAGAGAAAAUGUAGACAAGUCUGUGUUAGAGGAGAUUUGGUUCAGUUUGUCUUUAACAAACCAUAAAACCCCUCACAGGAUAUUCCAGAAACAUUCCCAAAAAGACAUCCUGAAAGAAGGAAACCAUGUGAAUGAUCCAGAAACAGGAAAUGCUGCAUUCCAGCUGGAAGUUCAGCAGUAUAGCUGUACAGGCAGCUGAUGACGUAGAGUAAAAGUACUUCAUUACAUCUAAACACAGAAGGCCGUGCCCGUUCUGCCUCCACCUCACCCAAGAAGAGUCUUCUUUUUGAUUUUUGAAUAAAAGAAUGAUUAAAAACACUUCACAGCUCUCUGAUGUUAAAAAUCUGACUGUGUUGUGUCAAAGUGAGUCACUCUUGAAUUAAAGACAUCAGAAAGAUGUAAAUAUAACAAACAUAUAACACAUAUUAAACCUGCACAGUUUUGUUCACAUGGAUGUGUUUAAACAAAGUUAGGAGAAAGUAUUCUGUCUGUCAGUCAGUGAUGGAUGCAUCCAUCACUUCCUUCAUUUGACAGUUUAAACAGCAGGAACAAAAGAACAGAUGAUGAAACAUCAGACCAUAGAAA